AUGCAACUCAGUCAACUACAAACUCAAAUCGAUGAACUGCUGCAGAGCCCGAAUCUGCGUACGCAAAUAAGGCGUGCCCUGGAAUGUGAUGAUGCAUCUGCGUUGGUGAACACUCAAGAGUCUUCACAUCACCCGCAUCAGCAGGAUAUUCUGCUCUCCAAAUUGCGGAGGGCUGGCGUGGUUGACCGCCUUCUCAGUGCCCUUGGAGGGUCUUUGUCCAGACAAACAUCCCAACCUGAAACCAUAAGCUCACACUUACCGACAUCCAGAAAGUAUGAUCGAGCUACACUAUCUAUUGAACUGCUCACAGUCAAAGCUCUCUUAACUAAUCUUUCCGAUCAGAAGUACUCAAAGGAAGGAUCGCUCUCUGACAGCGCUCUGGUCUUUUACCUGGCCCUCGGUAGAAAUCGCUUCCAAAGUCAACGCUUCCCAUGCUCUGUUGACCUCGAACUCAAUCAGGUGUUUCUGUUAGAUUUGGAUAGUUCUGUCUCUUACAAAACGACGAAACCAUUAACGGCGGAAUCACUGUUGGCGGACAAGGCUACAAACGUACCUCUUCAGGUGACAUGUGUUAAGCUACGCAAGGAUGGUCGCCGGCACCUCCUUUCAUCCAAUUCCAUUAACUGGAAGAAACACGUCUACUCAGCUGCGCCCACUGAUGUCGACAAUGAGGGUUUCGCAUGGUCUAAAAAGAUAUUGGUCGAAUUAUCCAGUGUUGGCUCGGAAACACAGUUGACGGCGGGGAUUCUAGAGAUGCGCAUUGGCGUGCACUUGCAGCCGGCUGCCUGGAAUGCGAAUACCCAACAGAAUGCCGGCUGCAUUCUGCCACCCGCCAAUUUCAUCACCGCCCACUUCGCCCUGGAGGAGGGUAGUCGAGAGGAGCGAUCGCUUGCCUUUGCCCAGUACGGGCGUCAGUGGUGGCAGGAAUACUGCCUCCUACAUCGCGGCGCCUUCAAGGGUAGAAUGGUGAAGAUGUACGCGCUGGACGAAAACGGCAGGCCACAGUUUGUCACCCGCUUUGUUCACCCACUGCCUGACGAAAGAUGCCUUGGAACAGUCGGUCGAGCGGUGCGCUUCGUCGCGUGCAUUCCCUGCAGUCACUGGUCUACCGUUGGUGCCGCCCAUCAGGAUAUUUGGUGUACAGGUCCUGCGUUUAUUUCGCGGAACCGCGGCAGCGUGGCUGACCAUGCAAACCUUCUGUGUUCCAUCCUGCUGGGUUUCGGACUUGCUGCCUACGUUGCCAUUGGCAUUAAGGCCGAAGGCCCCUGUUCAUACACAGAAAUUGGAACUCCGCAGGACGCGGAUAAACCACCCUACUAUGCCUGGGUCAUUGUCUUUGACAACUUCAAAAAGGAGGAGGUGGUAAUAUUCGAUGCAGUAUCUGGAGGUCGUCUCUGGCACAUUUCUGGGGUGCCUUGGGAAUGUGGAAACAAAAAAUCAUCUUCCGCCUCGGAUUCGCCGAUCGGACCGUCUGACUCCAUUGACUGCAUUUACAACAAUCGGGAGUUUUAUGCCAACAUCCAACCUACCACUUCUCUCUCCUCCACCUCCCUGAAUUUAAAGGUAAUUUUAAGCCCUCGUUAA